GCUGGAUAUCGCGUUCCUGGUCUCCCUUUCGACAAAACAACACCACCGCGAAGACUUGCACUGGCAGUUGUUCUUCCCUUUUUGUCCACUGAUGGGUCUCGGGUGUACGUACGGCUGCAUCUUCUGCCUCGUGAAGUCGGUGUGCCCCACCCUGAGGCGAAAACUCACCCGGGGCAGCUGGGGAGUCCGAGCGCAUUCAUUGUACCGUUGAGCAAGGCCAUUUCUCCAGACGUGUGUCGCCUGCGGCUUUCUCCAUGCGUCAGUCUCUGUUUCGUUUCUUAGGAACUGGGUCGACAUGGCGAAAAUGGAAUUCUUGAAGAGAAAGGGGCCUCGCGCGUCAGAAGCGGCCUCGGCUCAAGUACCCUUGAAUGAGAUCCCGGUGGAGGGUCACCAUGAAGAAGAGGUGAAGAUGGGAGGCAAGAAGAAUCGCAAGGGAAAUGUUCGAAGGCAGACGCGGUCUUCUGUCCAGCGAUCUUCUCUGGAAUGCUCGACGAGGACCUGUCGUCCUCCUUCGACCUCCUCGUCUUCAAGUGAUUCCUCUUCUCUGUCGCCUUCUUCGCAGUCUCUGCCCCUCCUCUCAAGAAACACGCGCAGAUAUUCGUUCUUCUCCGGGUCCUUCAGGCGGCGACGUCUGCAGCAGCUAACUGCGGGUCUCCUCUCUCAGCGCCUAGCUCGAGGAAGCGGGCGCAACGGAGGCAAAUCCGCCGCCUCUGUAGAGACACCUGGGCCUCGCGCAAGAUGCCCUUCCUCAGCUCGACAGGGAUCCGGAGCUUUUUCAGCCAUGGUCCGGGGUGCGAUGCCUUUCCUUCGCGUGCAGAGGUCGGAAUGCGAAAUGCCCGCCAACACUGGCGCGGAACAAGCGUCGAAGCCUCCCAAGGAACCGAAUGCAGCGUUGAGUACAUCGUCGAGGGAUGCAGAAGCCAAGGUGAAAGAUGCUGGUAGAGGAGAGGAGAACGAAGUAGCGAAAAAGGCAUGUGCGAAAGGGAGAAAGCCGCCUGCCGAGCGAAGAGAAGCGGAAGCAACCAGACGGGAAGGAGAAUCGGCUGGAGACCAGCCUGCGAAGAAGAGUGAAGACCUUGCUGCGGUUGGAGAGCGGAGAGACGAAGCAGCUCAACACGAAGGGAAGAAAGAGAAACGAAGAAACAGAAGGGACGUUAUCCAGUGUCACUUGCGCCACGUCGAACUCCUGAAGCAGAGGCAAAGCGAAGCAAAAGACCUCGAGAGCUGUGAGAAGCCUGGCGUCUCUCUUCGGCCCUUGCAUAUGCCCGCCGCGGACUCAACGCCUCGCUGCGAGUCGGCAGGUGCAGAACGAGAAGGCAAGAACGGCGACAACGGCGACAGCGUACACACUGAAGGCCUCGACCUUGAAGAAGAGGUUGACGCCACCCCCGACAAGGAACGCAAUGGAGAGAAGAAUGCAGGCCUCACGCUGCCCCACACUGCUCGUCACUGUCGUGCCCCGGAGCCUGCAGCUUACACAGCUCGCAUCGGUGACCUGGAGACCCUGCUGAGUCGGCAAGGCGCCUCGCACUCCCGGCUCGCUCUCCGGUGUCUAGACACCGCAAGCGUUUACCGUGUUUUUGAGAAGGGCGAAGGGGAGGCGCAGACCUCCAGCAGGGGGGCGCAUACGAGAGCAGAAGCCACUGUGAAGAGCCCAGCAGCAAUUGGAGAGGAGAGGCACAAGCUCUUCAGUAGAUACCGUGCAGAACUGCGGCGGUUCUGGGUCGCGCGGGAACAAGACGUCUUUCGUUUUCUGCGACAAUGCUGCACCGUUCAGGGACUCGAUCGGCUCGCGCAGUCUUCUUCGUCUUCCCCCUCGUCGCCCUCCUGCUGUGCGUCAGCAGUCUCUCCCGGUGUGUCUGCCUGCGACGGGGCUGCGUUCAAUGCGACGCAUUCGCCAGCGGAGCGCGUAUUUUUGUCAGAGGCUCCGGGGCGCUCCUCAGACGCAGAUGAGACGGGAAGAGGCCGUGCACCGGUCGAAGGCCAGUGCCAGUGGAGUGGAUCUCCAGAAUUAGGCGGCGACGGGACGUCAGAGAGAGCGACAGUGGAUGUCUGCGGAGAUGGAGGAGACGCGAGUCUUGAGGAAGACGCACAAGUCGAGGCGGUGACCGCCGAGAGGGAAGAUGAUGGCAGGUGUCUCCGGAAACCGGGGACGGGAGGAGCGCCUCAGCCUGCUCCAGCCGCCAGUCUGACAAACAGACGAAGGAUCGCCUUCUAUCGAGACCUUAUCCAGACCAACUUGCAUGUCGCCGCCCAGGCCGCCGACGUGAGCGAGACAGCUACUUGUGCAGCUGCUCUGUUACGCCAGGUGCCUGUGCGCAUGCGUUCGUGGAGACGCGAAGUCCACAUGCAUGCAAGUGGUUGCGACCCGGACAGAGCGGGGCACACACCGAGCAGGUUGGGAAGUGACGGCUGUGCCCAGAAGAGGUACGAGCGGCAGGGAGAAGCUGCUGGCACCGCCACAAGUGAAGACACCACAGCUGGCCGACGGGGAGACACGAAAAAGGCGAGACAUGGGAAGAACGUAGAGGGUGCGUUCGAGGGACCUAGCAGUCGUUUGAAACUUCCAAGAGGACGGGGGUCCGUGGCCGAAAGUGGACGUGCAGGGGAGUCACUGGGUGACGGUGAAGGGCUUCGGUGGAAAGAAGAGAACGAGCAGGAAGACGAGAAGGAUCUGAGCGCGGAUGAAAGCAGACGGCGGCUUGCGCUUCUCGAGGCGGCUUGUUGCCGUCUGUUUCUUGUCUGUGUGAGGGGUGCUACAAAGCCCCUCGUCUCUUCACAUCCGAGUUUCAGUGGGUCUCCCGCGAGUGGAACCAACACCGCAAUCCUCGAGUGUCUGAGUGUCGUGCUACAGCUUUUAGAGCACUUUGGGGACCCUGGGGACGCGCCGAACGUCCAGGCGAAGAAUGGCGGAACCUCUCGGAUGCGUAAUCAACAGGUUGUGAGACUUUCCCGAGUUGGUGAACCGAAAUCCUGGUGUGCCUGGCUUCUCCGUUACUCGGCAGAGGGAAAAGAAAAAAACGAUGGAGACUGGCGAAAUCUGAGAGAGCGCCCACGUCUGCUCUUCUUCGUCGUAAAGGUAGUGAAGGAAAUCUGUCGAGAGCUCCGCCUUGGCAACUGGGCUCGUGUCUUCAAGGUGUACGUACACCUGAAGAACCUCGCGGUUGCGUGGUUGGUCCGCGGGAACGGACCGCGAUCCGGGUCCGACUGCAUGAGGGUUUCGUCGGCCUGCAAAUUGUGUGUAGCCACAAACGCAGGAAAAGAGAAUAGAGACGAGGAGACAGUUGAACACCAAGGAAAUACGCGUUACUGGUCAGCCGUGCCCGCCGAGGUCUGCUCAGGGGCCAUCGCUGAAUUGCUUCUAACUACAUUUUUCCUACUCGAAGUGUUUGUCAGUGAUCUUCGCGUAGCAGCAGCAGAGGUCGUCUUUAAGGUGGCAUCGCGCCAAAGCGGCCUAGAGGAAAAGGAACUCCGGCUGAAAGAGCUGCUGAGACACUUCCCGGUGGGCCCUGCAGGGGCUGCGAUGGCUGUAGAAACCUCCAGGCACGCAAACGCCUAUCCUGAGAAGGACCACGGGAAAGCGAGGAACGGCGCACGCAUUCAGCGAAACGGCAUCACCUCGCAUUUCUCCUCAUCUUUUUUCUCGCCUCUCGAUGAGUUUGCUUCCGCCCUGCCCCCGUCUCUGCAGCGCCUUCUGCAAAGCGACAAUUGGCGUAAAGAUGCGGAGGCGGACAUUGAAGCAGCUGUGCGUGCGGCGCUUGAAGAAGGCUUCGCCGAACCUUCUUCGGAAACAAAAACACCCCGGAAGGCAAGCCAUGCGGGUGCCCUUCUGCGACAGCUGAAGUCGCUCGAAGACCUGGAUCUCCGGACUAUCUCAAAGAAGAAAUCGAAUCAGCGUGCAUAACCUGUCUUCUUCUGCGGCCCUGGAGGUCGUGGACAGUGGCGGAAAACGAAUUGGUGGAAAUCCUGUUGGUGAUAGCGUGCAGCACUGGUAAAACACUUGUCUUUCGUACCAGGGAAUGGAUUUCUUGUUUGCGAGCAGCCCCCAGCUGUCUUCACGCGGGAUGUUGUGCUUAAAUAAGCUUCUUCAAGUGUUACAUUCGCAACUUGUUUAACCAAACGGCCGCUCCAGCUGAACGCAAUUUGCGUGAGAGUGUUUACUCAUGGGCACGAGACGGUUCCGCGGGCGACCUGGACCAUCCAGCCUUAGGCGAGAGACGGACAAACAGUGGCUCAAGCUUCGUAAAUUGUUGUUCAUCGAGGCGUAGAUAAAACAGGGAGUGUGGUUACCUGCUUCCGUGCACGUUAGGCGAAACUAGGGAUUCUCACGCGAACCGGAAAGUCUAGUACACGCCGGCGUUGGGGGAUUUUAGUUUCGAAAACAUAUGUGGGUGCGCUGCCGCAGACAGACCCAAAAAAAGAAACACAGGCCCAGUGUGCCAGUCGUGGCACGUGUGGAUGACGUCUGCUACCCAAAGGAGUUUUCAGGAAAACCUUCGCCUUUUGUGUUUGAGACAGCGACCGGAAAAGAGAGUAGUCUCAGGAUUCUGGCGCAGUUCUUGUCGACGAACAGUGUAUGCUGC